AUGUUCCACGUCCACGAUUCUGCCGUCCGCGGCGUCGAGGGUGUGACGCUGCGAGAAACUGACCAGCGAACGCGGUUCUGGUGGUAUUACCCCGGCCUGCGCUCAUUGAAUCUCCUUUUGCUGGGUUGCAUCGUCUGCGAUAUGACCAACGGCUACGAUGGCUCCAUGCUCAAUGGCCUUCAAGUCAUUGACAGAUGGGGUGACGCGAUGGGCAACCCUAAAGGUACACGCCUGGGUACCAUCACCAGCGGCACCCGCUAUGGGCAACUUGGAGCGCUCCUUUUUGCAGCACCUAUGCUGCAGCGGCUAGGGCGCCGUGUGCCUAUCAUGAUAGGAUCUUGUAUCCUACUGGUUGGCAUUGCGCUGCAGGCUGCAGCGACUGGUUAUGAUAUGUUCGUUGUCUCGCGUGUACUCAUCGGCUUCGGAAACACAAUCCAGAAUAUGGCUUGUCCCAUCCUGGCUGCCGAGCUUGCACACCCCUUCCAGCGCACCCAAAUCAUCGGCAUCCAGAACACGACUGGGUCCCUAGGCCAGAUCAUGGCCGCUUGGAUCACCUAUGGCACGUCGUUCAUGAUGUCUUCGUGGUCCUGGCGCCUACCAUCACUCCUACAGGCCAUGUCAUCCGUCUUCCAGCUCGUUAUGAUGUUCGUCACCCCCGAGAGUCCACGCUGGCUUGUGCACAUGGGCCGGCGCGAGGAGGCAUACCGCAUCCUGGCCAAGUUCCAUGCGGAAGGAGAUGAGUCAUCACAGCUGCUGCAAUUCGAAAUGGCCGAGAUCGAGUCGGCUAUUGAGGCAGAGAAGGCACAAGCCCUGACAUCGUGGAUGGAGUGGUUCCGUACGUCAGCCAACCGAUACAGGCUAUUCAUAAUUGUCACCUCGGGCUUCAUAAUCCAGUGGUGCGGGAAUGCGCUCAUCACGUACUAUAUCCACCUUGUCUUUGAGUCGAUUGGUAUCACCAGCUCCAAGAAGCAGUUGCUAAUCAACGGCGGCAUGACCAUUAGCGGUUUCGUAUGGGGUAAUACAUGGUCCUUGCUGGUUGACAAGAUGGGACGGCGGCCUAUGUGGUUGAUUGGUUUAUCGGGUAUGUUUGUCGCCUUUUUGAUGAUCACAGUGUUCACUGGUGUGAACUCGAGCAUUGGAUACACCAACACGGCCCUCGGAAACGCUACCAUCUUCGCCAUAUUCCUAUUCGGCUUCUUCUAUAAGAUGCCCGGCUGCAUGGUUCCCUCUUAUGUCGCCGAGAUCGCCCCUUUCGAGCUCCGCGCCAAAGCGUUCGUUCUGAAUGGCUUUGCUGAUGCGGCGGCCAAUAUCUUCAGCAGCUACACCAACCCUGUUGGCCUAGGAGCCAUUGGAUGGAAGUACUAUAUCGUUUGGUGCUGUGUGUUGGUCAGCAACUUCACCAUCGUCUACUUUUUCUACCCAGAGACCAAGAACCUCACCCUCGAGGAGGUUGGACAGCUUUUCGACGGGGCUUCGAGCUCUACAGACGCUAAAAUGGUCAAUGACGAGACGGAAGAGAAGGAGGCCCGUGCCACUCAUAUCCCGGUGGUGACAACGGUUCAGUGA